CACGGCCAGCCUGACGAGGACGAUGCAUUCAGGCUCUCACUUCUCGGGCGCCGGACAGCAAAACGAUGAGGAGAGGUGACGACCCCGACAACGGCGCCUGGAACCGCCGACCGAAGCACGAGGCGCGGUCGUGGAACGACUCGCUGAACCGGAUCGACUGGCAGCACUACAAGGAGCCGCGCCAGUGGGUGCCGACGCUGCUCGCGACGGCCACCAUCGUGGGCUCCAUCCGCUUCUACCGCUCCUACCUGCGCCGCAUCCCCGGAACCGCCCACAUCCGGCCGGGUCUGUUCUACAAGAAGAGCCUGCUGGGCCGCGUCACCAGCGUCGGCGAUGGCGACAACUUCCACAUGUUCCACACGCCGGGCGGGCGUUUGGCGGGAUGGGGGUGGCUGAGGUCUGUGCCGAAUGACCGGAAGAUCCUCAAGGGGAGGACGAUACCGAUCCGCAUAGCCGGCAUCGACGCGCCCGAGGGCGCGCACUUUGGGAGGCCGGGCCAGCCGUUCAGCGGCGAGGCGCUCGCGUUCCUCCGCUCGUACCUCCAGGGCCGCAACGUGCGGGCGCGCAUCUACCGGCGGGACCAGUACGAGCGGGUGGUGGCGACGGUCUUUGUGCGGCAGUGGCUGGUGGUUCGGCGCGACGUGGGCUACGAGAUGCUCAAGCGCGGCCUGGCCACGACGUACGAGGCCAAGACCGGGGUCGAGUUCGGCGGGCUCGAGGACAAGUACCGGGCCGCCGAGGCCCUGGCGAAGCAGAGGCGCCUGGGCAUGUGGUCCGGCAAAAAGGGCUCGGUGGUCGAGACUCCGCGCGAAUACAAGAACCGAUACGCCGCGCUAGCGGAGAAGGAGAACCCCAAGAGGUGAGAGGGGAUGGCGCGUGGUCGGUGAGAACGGGUCGCCCAAACCCUAGCAUGGGAGCAGGACGGAGCCGUAAUGUCGGCAGCCGUUACAUUAUAGCAGUGCCUUUGUUUGACGCUGUCUCUGGGCAGUUCCCUUAUUACGUGGUUACGUUGAUAUAGGCUGAUGGUGUACACCACGGAUGCACACGUGACGCCACGAUGUUCUGGUACCCCACAAUCCGUCCAUGGUUCGCAGCCAUGCAUCUAGACCUCGUUCAUCAUGCACACUUGAUUCACUUCGUAUCAAGGGUUGCCCUCCUAUGAUGACACAGGCCGAUGGCUCAGUGAUUGAUCUUCUCGAUGUUAUGAUUUGUGUUCGGCAACUGCCUGCUGCUGCACGAAAGAAAGUUGAGGUAUCUGAGAUUCAACACGGCUGGGAGAACAUGGUGUGUGGCGCAAAUCACGAGCGACGGCAAGCGGAAACGACCGGGAACAAGAAUUCGAACCCAAACGGGGCCGGGUAUUGGUAGCGUUUCCAUCCUCCCACACCAGGAACAAAGGGCACACAUAACAGAUCCAUGAAUGCACGAGUAUGAUCAGCGUUGGCGGGUUUCUCGAGCGGUGUGCCUGGUACGAAACCAACAGGCGGAGAGACCACUGAUUGGCGGAUGCGCCAACAAAAGCCGGUGUCGCUAGAGGCAUGUUCCGGGCUAU